CUAGUAUACGGUGGUGUAGAUACGGGUUGUGGUAACUUAAUUUCACUGCGGUUAAAUACCUAAAGGGGGCUGAUUUUUUUAAUUGAGUUGGCCGUCAAAAAUGGUAUUGGCAGAAAGAAACUCUGAAAGUGCUAGAAAUGGUCGGAGAUCUAGAGGACCGAGUCCAAAUGGUCAUGCAUCGGAUUCCAGUAGCGAAGAAGAAGGAGAGAAAAUUCGCGUGGGACGAGAUUAUCAAGCUGUCGUACCAGAAUGCAUCCCACUGUCGGAACGUCGACCAGAACAGUGUUCUGACCGUGCGUUACUGGUUUGGUCCCCGACCAACUCGAUCCCCGACUACAAGUUGGACGAGUAUAUUUCCCUCGCUAAGGAGAAGUAUGGCUACAAUGGAGAACAAGCUCUGGGAAUGCUGUUUUGGCACAAGCAUGACCUUGAGCGAGCCAUCCUUGAUCUGGCAAAUUUCACACCGUUUCCAGAUGAAUGGACAGUGGAGGACAAAGUGCUCUUUGAGCAGGCCUUUCAGUUUCACGGAAAGAGUUUCCACCGCAUCAGGCAGAUGUUGCCCGACAAGACAAUUGCGAGCCUCGUCCGCUACUAUUAUUCCUGGAAGAAGACUCGCAGUCGUACCAGCCUCAUGGAUCGGCAGGCUCGCAAGCUGGCAGCACACCGAGAGGAGGGCAGUGAGGGGGGCUCGGAGUUGGGCUCCAACACUGACUCAGACUCUGACGAUAAGAAAUGGACAAUCCACCGGGGGAUCCGUCGAAAGAGUGGAUCGCCCCCACGUGCUCAGAAUGCAGAGGAUGGCACUCAGAAGGACGGUGCCGAAGGAGGCAAGAAUUCGUGUGCAAACUGUGGUGUGUCAUGCACCCACACUCACGUCACUCCGAAGGGCAACAUGUGCAGCACAUGCUACCAGCACUGGAGGCGUACCGGCAGUGUGCGUCCAACGACAGGCCCUGUGAAGAGAGACCGCCACAUGCAUUCCUUACUGCGACACAAGCGCAAGCCGCCGCGCGGCAUGUACAUCAACCACGACGACCUGGUCGCCAUGGCAUCAUCGCAGGGAGGCGGUGCUGGCGCAGGGGGCGAGCACAUGCUGAAGGCCAUGGACCGCGAGAUAGUCUCCCUAAAGAGGCAGGUGCAGAAUAACAAGCAAACCUUGAGUGCUCUCCGCCGAAAGACAUCUGAAGGCAUUGACGAGUACAGACCUCUGGACUCGAACACCCGUAUCAAUGCUCGUUGGACAAACGACGAAUUGUUGCUUGCAGUGCAAGGUGUGCGCAAAUAUGGAAAGGACUUCCGUGCAAUUGCAGAAGUUCUGGGCACAAAAACAGAAGCCCACGUGCGUAGUUAUUUUGUCAAUUAUCGUCGCCGUUACAAUCUCGAUGCUGUUCUGAAGGAAUUUGAAGCAGAAAAUGGACCCAUUGUUGAUGCUGAAGCAGACAAAGAUGAGAAGAUGGAGACCGACGGAGUGUCUUCUGGGAGUGAGGCCAGUACUCCGACACCUGGCGGCAGUUCGCCGGUCACAGUAACGUCCUCGGCAGCCGGAGGGUCGGCGGGCACGGCGGCAGUGGUCGGCAGCACUGGUGCCGGGUCUGGUCCCGUCGCUUCUCCCGGGAAGAACUCUUCUGGUUUUCCCAAAACACCACCUGUAGGCCCGGGACAAGCUGCCAAAUGAUAUUGGCUCUAGCAUAAUUUUAGGUAAUUUUUAUUUUCAGAGAACCAUAGCAGUGGAGCAGAGCCAGUGGUAUUGUGAUGGCUGUUUGUUGUUGAGAAACACACACACACACACACACACACACACACACACACACACAUUCAUGCAUGAAGUCAUAUCACUUAUCCAGUCAUUGGAAUUCUGCUGUGCUUGGGAAACAAUGUGUGCUUCAUGAGAACUAUUGUGUAGUUUGUAUAUUCUGCUGGUUUUUUUUUUUUCUUUUUUAGAUAAUACAUUUUGUGUUAUCUAUGUCAUAUGUGAAAUAUUGUUUGAUUUAUGCAGCCACUGUUUACGAAAUAUUGAGUGUCUCUGGAUUCAUUUUAGAAUUGCUGUAAAUUGAGUUUUGAUGUUAUGUAUGUAGAUUGGGCAAUUGUAAAUCAUGACGGACUUCCACAAAUGCCGUAGAACCACAAUCAAACUAGUCAGUGGAAAUGCCAAGUAAUCCGUGUGUUCGUAAAGACGUAUUCUUCCAAGAGAACUUCAGUGUUUGAAAAACAGAUUAUGAACGGACUAAGUAGUGAACACUACGAUUUUAAAUGGACUGAAUAGUGCACACUAUGACUGACGGAGUCAACUGUGAAUGAACUGUGACUACAUUUAAAGACCAUUCACAGCAUUUGUAAUCCUGUGGCCUUCAUUGCUCUCUAAGAGUUCAAGUUAACCACCAAUGCCUUCAGUGAGAGUGCAUGAAAUUGUUCUGCAAUGAGUUAACAUUGAUAGUGUAUUUGGCUGUCACCAGGCUGGUCUUAACAUUUUCCAAAAAUCACAGUGUACAACUGUAUGGAUGCUCUCAAUUUUUUAUGUAUUUAAGUACUGGUAUGUUUCUGUUUGUCAGUAGAAAAUGAAGGAAAAAUGUAUGCUGAAUUUUUUUGAAAGGGAGGGGGAGAUUUAUACAUUUUUACCAAACUCGGUAAUUAAUAAUCAGUUACAAUUCAAAAGUUUGAGAUCUUUUAUGUAAAACAUUCUCUGCGUGGAGAGCAGGGUUUGAACUUGAUUAACACUUAAGAAAAUUUUAUAUGUGAGUGCUUGGGCACAAUGCAGGGACAGUGUAAUAGGCAUAUUAUACAUAUAUAUUUAUUAUAAUUCUAUUAAAUAUUUAUUUGUUUAGGGCUUCAUUGAAGUUUUGCACAGGAACAAGGAUUAAUUGCCCUGUCACUCUGUGUUGCUCUGUAGUUAAUUAAUGUAUUGUCUAGUUCAUAGUUUGAAAAUAUGUAAAUAUCAUAAUUCCUUCAUAAUUGUCAUCCUCAUUUUUGCUAAGUUGACUGUUCUGUGAUAGUAUGUGUUUGCUUUUCAUUGCAGUUCCCCUUGUCUCUACUCAGCAUUUUCUUUGUCUUCUUUAGCAUUUCAUUUAAUUGUCUGCACAUUGCCAAUUUUUAAGUUUCCCAGUUCAUGCCGUGUGUUUUUUGUCUGUUCUGCCAAAUCAUUUGGGAACGUCUGAAUCCUAGCUUUCUUCAUGCUGUGUUUACUUAAAUACAUAGAUUUCCUGUCUGUCCCUGGUUCAGUUUUACAUAUGGAUUUUUAUUGUUUGUAUGGGGUUCUUGUGCUGGAAUAGAAUAGGUGUGGAACAAAUAAUCAUCAUGACUGAUUCCAUGAUAUAUUUGCUACACAAUAUUAAAAUUGCCUUACAUUUAUUUGUUGUGUGCAUGUAUCUUCCUUUGUUACAGCUGUUAUAAUAAAUACUUGCAGCUGGUAUACAGAAAUCCAAAUAUAUAUUCUGUAGUGAAUCUUGUUUUUCAUUCAAUUUAUCAUGCAAAUGAGUAAUCUACCUCUUUCAGAUUUGUCAUUCCUUAUUCAUGUUUUCAUGCCUUUGUUUUGCCCCUUCUAGGAUGUUGCUUGUAAUAAAGUUUUAGCCAAAAGCUUGUCAGCGUAAGACAACCUUACUGUUCGCAUUUUUAUUUUUUUUUUAUGGCUGUUUGACCUUACGUAUUCUGUCAGAGUACGCAUUGUAAUACUUGUCAUCAAACAAGGCAGUGUUCUUAAGGGCAUUUCUAGUUAUGAUGUCAGAUUUAUUUUGAUUUCUGUGUUGAAAUUCUUAUUUUUUUUAAUUAUGAAAGUGCCCUAAGUUGCACCCAAUAAAGUGUAUGUCAGCUUUUUUAAGGUACUUCAUGAAGGCUGAGAUUCUGUCCCAAGGGGAUACUAAGCCCAGUUCUGGUGAUGGUUAAUUUGAAAGUGUAUCACAUCAGGCUGUACUUAUUAAGACAUUUUGAUGAUUGAUAUGCAUGCAGUUUAUAAGUAUUAUCUUUCUCCUUUGUAAAACUGGUAUGCAUUACAAAUGCCAGUGAGUAGGUACAGUAAGGGAAGAUAAGUUUCUCCAAACUGUAAUAAAAGUGUUCUUCAGGUUUCUCUUUUAUUUACAAAGUCAAGAUUUGUACAUCACAACUGAAGUGGUUUUUUAAUGUGAUGGGGGAGCAUCGAAAUGUGCAUUUAACAAUUAUGUAAUAAGUAUGCUAAAGUGUUUAUGAUUGUCUGGUGUCAUGAUAAACAAGCCCAUUGUUGUUUUGUAUUUGUUUAAUAUAUUUUUUAAAAAUAGAUACAUUUAUCAGUUGUGUGCAGUUAUAAGCCGCCAGGCAGUUAGGUCAUAUGAAGAGCACGUAUUUUUCCAGUUCAUUCAAACUUGUAUGUUGUAGCCGUGCAUUCUCGUACAGUUAUCUGCAUUGCCUGUUUUGGUAGCUUUGUGAAAGAUCUAUUUUCUAAAUGUUUACUAAAAUCAUUGAAAGCAAAAGAAAAAUGAUUAUCCCAUAGUGGAGUUGCUGAUGUUCCUGAAAUUCUGGGUGUUUUUGCAAAUUUAACUCACUGCAGACAAAUGAAAUACUUAAAAAUAGUGAAUUGUUGACUGUCUGUAGUGUUAAGUAUUUCUAGAUAAUUAUCUAUAAUAGCCAAUAUGUUGUCUCAAUAUUAACUGGAGUGUGGCGUUGCACAAUUACAUUUGGUGUGAGUACUUAAAUACAUCGUUGUCUGAAGAUGAACUGCAUAUCUCAGCACAGUGUGUUGCUGUUUUCGUCCCAAUCUUCGGAGAGCGAGUGCAUUAGAGCAACAAGUUGGAGUUACGAGUGUUCUCGUAUGUGAACUGUGAUGUAAAUUAGUGCUGGUGCAUUAUGAAUUAUUCUGUAUGUGCACGCACACACACAUUAACAGAACUGUUGCACUAGACCUGAGAGAGAAGAAAUUACUCCUGGUCUUCAUGUUUGGUAUUUAAUAGACAUUCCUUGUUAUGAUGAACCCAAUAUUUCCAUAUUUUGGAACUGUUAAGUAUUAUAAAACAAGUCACCAUGAGUGAGUGCGGGGCAAGAGCGCAGUGGAUGUGGUGGUGGCUGAUGUGGAUUUGAAUGUGGUGCGCAGGCACGCCUCUUUGUAUCAGUAGAUAAGCUGAAGGCUGAAAUUGCUUCUUUAAGGCUUGUUAUUUUUUGAAGGAGGAAAAGGAAUACUAUCAUCACAAAUAUCUCAAAUGUUUGAUUUCUGAGGCAUUUCACUGUUGCCUGAAAGUAAAGAAGAAGAGAGUCAAAGCAAUAAUAUCCUAAUUCCUUUGUCGUGACACUGUUGCUGUGUGUACAAGUUUAUUUCAGAUUGUUAGCCAUGUAAUGCAAAUGUAACUGAAAAUUUUGUUUUCAUAUAUUUAUCUCAUAGGGAUAAGAAUAUCACCUAACAAGAUGACCAAAAAUCUGAACUCAUUUUAAUAAUCAUGUUUUUACAUCAUCCUGUUUCUUCCCAAGUGAAUUGUAACCCACCUGCAUAGCAAUUAUUGCUGAUUGUACAUUCAACUUUCAUAUAUUUUUGGAUACGGUUUCUGAUUAUGAAAGUUACUGCUUGCGUUAAACUUAAUCGUGUGAAGAAAUUGAAGACAACUAUAAGUAUGUUGCAGGUUCAGACUUCCCCUCCUGCCCUCACCCAUAUAUUUUAUUAAGCAAUUCUGUUAAUUAUUCUGUGCAGUGCCUCUGUGCUCUUAGUAAGAGAUUGACAAUCCCAUUUCUAAAAAUAUGAAUAGGUUUCAUAUGACAGAAUCUGCAUCCGGGUGCAAAGUGGACCUUCAGGUAUUUAUGAGGAAGGUAACCAAUGGAGGUACAAGUCAGUAGUUACCUUGUCUUUAGUCACUUUACCUGUGAAUAGAAAUAUCGGCACCUAGUUUCACUUUCUCCUUAACAGUUUUUGCGAUAAAUGGGUUGUGGUAACAAUUCCUCUCGUACAUUCCAAAAUGUGCAUUUUCAUACAGCAGUGUACACAUUCAUUACAAUACUACAGAAAAUUGGUAUCGUGUGAUUGCUGGAAGGUAUGGAGUGCUUGUAUCUGUGCACUCAGUAGACCCUUUCCUUUUCACGCAUAUAUGUUUUUGCAUCACAUAUAAAACAUCCUGAUUUAUUUGCGUUUGUAGGAUUUUCCUGUAUCUUGGGUCUAUUUCAAUAGUAUUUAUUCCUCAACACAAAUAAAAUAUACUUCUUAUAAGUGUAAUUUCUUACUUUUAUAUCUCUGUUUGCAACCAUUUUCAAAUAAUGUAAUACAAGUACUCAAAAAUCAUUUGGAUCCUGUGUUUCUUAGAUUGCCUCUUACUAUGUAAAUAAUAUCCUGUUAAACAUUAUCAUUCAUCUUUGAGAAUUAUAAAGAUGAAUACACAGAGAAAUGUUAAUUUGUUAAUACACUGUGGACUACAAUAAAGGGUACACAAGCAUCCAGUUACACACUAAAUAUUUUGCUCAGCAACUUGUCGCAAGAUCUGUUACCCCUCACGUGCUCUGCAGCCGUACACUUGCCUUCUCUUCCUCUGUGCGUGUGUGAAUAAUAGACAUUGCCUAUAUUCUUUGAAUUACAAAUUAUACCCCAUAUAUCUUUGAUACAAUAUGGCAUUGAUUUACUUUAUAAUAUCAGUAAAGUGCAUUCAGUAUGAGUUGACUUGCACACAGCAAUGUGUUGUGUGAGAGAGGUGUUGCUUGUCAACUCCCUGUCAUAUUUUAGGUUUACUUUUUCUGCGUAUUCAAAUAGAUUUUUAUUUUUGGGUAAUGCCCAUACCUGUGAUUAGUGUCUCUUGUAACUUGUUUGUUUUACCAUUAUUUAUUUUGCACGUCAUUGUUUAAAUAGCAUACUUUGUUUCUCUUUUAGUACACAAUUUUUUGUUAUACUGUCCUCCUCAAAAUGUACAACACAGAUAUUAUUUAACUCAUCAUUUUUCUCCACUGUCAUUAAUAGCAAUGUAAAUUUGCAUGAAAACUUACUUUUGCCAUUUGUUUUCCAAAAGAUCUUGUUUCAGUUGUUAGUGCAAUGAUAGAAACUUUACUCGUGAUGAACUUUGAAAAUUGGAAAAAAAUGUAUAAGAAGCUUACCCGAUUAUUUAUUUGUAUUGUGAGUUGUAUGUUCUAAGUAAAUAGUAACAUAUAUUUGCAUUAAAUUUCAAUUUUUAUGUUUCUCUUCCAAGAUUUAACACACACAAUGCAAAAUGUAUCACUA